CGAUUUAUCCAUCUAUCUAUAGACAGAUAUAGAUAUAGAUAGAUAUAUAGAGGUAGAGACAGAUAGAUAGACAGAUAGAUAGAUCGAUAUAGACAGUAAAUUCUCCUUGUCCUCUGUGCAUAAGCCAUGGGACUACUAGGAGCUGGGGCUGGGACACGUUACAGAAUGACUAGUUAACUCUUACAGAGCCCUCCAGGCCACUGUCUCAGACUGUAGUGCCGCUGCAGCUGCAGCCCAGCCACUGUGUUGAGUGAGAAGCGGCUCACUUGCACACUUUGAAGCGCUGUCUUUCGAGAAGUGCACAAAACUACCAACGCAGGCAGCGAUCACUCAUUCCGCUUGCAAGAAGAACUUAUUCUACGGUUCUGCAAGAUCUUGGAUUUGACCUGCUUUCGGGGAGACAGUUUUGACUAAAGAGGAAACGAGGAGGACUGGGUGAUGGCCUUCCUAGGCAGUGCAGUUCGGCGGGUCGUGUCAGCAGUGCGUCCCUCUCUUUCCCCCCUGAGCCGGGCGAGCACUCGCUCCUACAGCUCGGAGCCCACCAAGGAAAAAAAUGUUCCGUAUGCAAAAACACUCAAACAAGAUGAGGGGGCCUCCAUCGGACCCACUAAACCUUUGCCCAGGUCAGCGGACGUAGUGGUGAUCGGAGGCGGCAGUUUAGGCUGUCAAACCGUCUACCACCUGGCUAAAAUGGGCAUGACCAACGUAGUGCUGCUGGAGAGGGACCGACUGACUGCUGGCACCACCUGGCACACUGCAGGCCUGCUGUGGCAGCUCCGUCCUAGUGAUGUUGAGGUUGAGCUCUUAGCGCACACCAGGAAUGUGAUCAGCAAAGACCUGGAGGAGGAGACGGGUCUGCACACAGGCUGGAUCCAGAACGGAGGCCUCUUCAUCGCCUCCAACAAACAGAGACUGGACGAGUACAAACGCCUCAUGUCGCUGGGUAAGGUUUAUGGUAUCGAGUCCCACGUUCUGUCACCUGCGGAGACCAAGGACCUGUACCCGCUGAUGAAUGUGAACGACCUGUAUGGAACUCUCUACGUACCAAAGGAUGGAACCAUGGACCCAGCGGGCACCUGUACCACACUGACCAGAGCUGCGUCCGCCAGGGGAGCCACGGUGAUAGAGAACUGCCCUGUGACCGGUAUCAAGGUGCACACAGAUGACCUUGGGGUGAAGAGGAUUAAAGCAGUAGAGACCGCCCAUGGGACCAUUGAGACGCCUUGUGUGGUUAACUGUGCAGGUGUGUGGGCCACCAAGCUGGGGGACAUGGCAGGUGUCAAGGUGCCUCUCAUUGCGAUGCACCAUGCCUACGUAGUGACCGAGAGAAUCGAAGGCAUUCAGAACAUGCCAAACGUCAGAGACCAUGAUGCAUCUGUGUACCUGCGCCUCCAAGGUGAUGCCCUCUCUGUAGGGGGUUAUGAACAGAAUCCCAUCUUCUGGGAUGAGGUGUCUGACAAGUUUGCCUUCAGCCUGUUUGACCUUGAUUGGGAUGUAUUCAUGCAGCAUAUUGAGGGAGCAAUCAACAGAGUUCCUGUUCUGGAGCAGACUGGCAUCAAAUCUACUGUCUGUGGACCAGAGUCAUUCACAGCAGACCAUAAGCCUCUGAUGGGAGAAGCUCCAGAGGUCAGAGGGUUCUUCCUCGGCUGCGGCUUCAACAGUGCCGGUAUGAUGCUGGGAGGUGGCUGUGGCAGAGAGCUGGCUCACUGGAUUAUACAUGGCCGCCCUGAAAAGGAUAUGUAUGGAUAUGACAUAAGGCGUUUCCAUAACUCCCUGACAGACAACAAUCGCUGGAUCAGAGAAAGAAGCCAUGAGUCAUAUGCUAAAAACUACUCUGUGGUGUUCCCCUUUGAUGAGCCGCUGGCUAGCCGAAACAUGAGGAAGGACCCCUUCCAUCAGGUCCUGACGGAGCAGGGCUGUGUGUUCCAGGAAAGACAUGGCUGGGAGAGACCAGGCUGGUUCAACAAAGAUGGGCCUGCACCUGUUUUAGACUAUGAUUACUAUGGGGCCUAUGACAUCAACAAGAAUGUGAACUACAAGUACAAUGAUCUGCUGGGCAAAGAGUACACCUUUGGCUUCCCUCCUCAUCAUGAUGUGAUUAAGAGCGAGUGCCUGACAUGUCGACAUGGUGUGGCCGUGUUUGACAUGUCCUACUUCGGCAAGUUCUACCUCACUGGCCCGGAUGCCAAAAAGGCAGCUGAUUGGCUGUUCACUGCCGAUGUCAACAAGAAGCCAGGCUCCACCGUGUAUACCUGCAUGCUGAAUAAGAGAGGAGGGGCGGAGGCUGACCUGACAGUGAGCAGACUGGAGCCUGGUGCUGCCAGCCUGCCCCUGGCACCAGAGUCCAAUGGUGAUGCAUACUACCUGGCUAUCGGAGGCGGCGUGGCAGAACACAACUGGAACCACAUUAGAACAGUUCUGCAGGACGAAGGCUUCAAGUGCCAACUCACAGACCACUCUGAGGACAUGGGGAUGAUCAGCAUCCAGGGACCCAAGAGUCGGGACGUACUUCAGGAGGUGCUGGACACGGACCUGAGCAACGAAGCUUUCCCCUUCUCGACCCACAAAGUUGUCAGUGCAGCAGGACAUCAGGUGCGAGCGAUGCGCCUGUCAUUUGUUGGAGAGCUGGGCUGGGAGCUCCACAUUCCCAAAGGCUCUUGUCUUCCAGUCUACAAUGCUGUCAUGGCCGCCGGCGCUAAGCAUGGCAUCAUCAACUCAGGCUACAGGGCUAUCGACUCACUCAGCAUAGAGAAAGGAUACAGACACUGGCACGCUGACCUUCGUCCAGACGACACGCCCUUGGAGGCGGGGCUGGCCUUCACAUGCAAGCUGAAGAGCUCAAUCCCGUUCCAGGGCCGCGACAAGCUGGAGAAACAGAAGCAGGAGGGGCUGAGCAGACGCAUCGUCUGCUUCACCAUCGACGAGAAAGAACCGAUGUUCGGUCUGGAGGCCAUCUUCCGUAACGGCGUUCCGGUGGGUCAUCUGCGGCGUUCCGACUACGGCUUCUUCAUCGACAAGACAAUUGGAUAUGGAUAUAUCCGCAACCCUGAUGGAGGAGUGGUGAACAACGAUUUCAUUAAGAGCGGUGACUUCACCCUGGAGAGGAUGGGCGUGACCUACAAGGCCAAGGCCCACCUCAAAUCACCUUUUGACCCGGAGAACAAACGUGUCAAGGGCAUCUACGCCUGAGAAGGAUGACAUGCAUGAAACAACGCACAUACAUACCCCGAGCGGUUAGUGAGGCUAAGAGGGCGAAGUCGAUUUUUACAUGCGGACACAGUUUAUCUAACCUCCCACCUUCCGCCUACCACAGGCAGUCUCAAAUCCAGGACAUUUUAUUCCGAUGAAAAUAGUCCUGUGAUUCGACACGGCGUCUACCCUCUAUUUUAAAAUUCACUUUAGCCUUUGAUGUACGAUCUAAAAUCUGUAACAGGAUAUGAAAUUGUAGUAGCUACUGAUUUGAGUCUGCAUUGAAUGUUUGGUAAUAUUUUGUCUUACUGGCUCCAUCAAUGAGUGAGUCAUAUCCACCGCUUCGUGUUUACAUACGCAAAUGUGGGCUUUGGAGUCACAGUGGGCUCGUUUUAAUAUCAUCAGCGGGGAAAUGUUUGUCAGGAGGAUACAGCUGUCUAAGCACAUCUAAGCAUUAAAGCCGUCUUUUUGCCUCUGCUAAUCUAAGGAACAAAGGUUGUGCGUGUUCACCUGAUCUGUAACCAUUCAGUGUCGCUGGUGUUUUCAAGCCAAGAGCCUGUUGCAAAUAUGAUUUUCAGUCCCGACUGAAUAGAAAGCCUCACCACUGGCUACCUCUGUUCUCAGGAAGUCUUAAUACGUCCUUGUACAGUAAUGGCAUCUCAUCUAGGAAUGAAAAUGAGGAUGACGUUCUUUAUCAUUAAUUAUGCGUGUGACGGUGAUGCAGUAGCUAUGAAGCGCAGCCAACUACUGUCAUCAUAACUUAAUCACUCAUAAUCAGGAUUAAAAAAACAAAAACAAAAAAAAAAGCCCUGUGACGGUGACAAAUGCACAUGUGCUGUUAGAGUGCGCUGUUUCUUUUAAAGUAAACAUAUCUCUAUACAGUACAAGUAUAGCAGUAUGUGUGUGGUUCCAACAGUCCUAGAAAAUCUGAAUUUGUGGAUGUGAGAAAAAGUAAAACAAGACCUUUAAUGAUCUGAAAUUGAACAGCUUGCUUUGAAGGUGCUUGUUUGUUUGUUUUUUUUGUUGUUUUUCCACCUAAAUUCAUCAUUUUACCUAAGCUGUCAGGUCCUCUCUGUCUGCUUUACAUCAGCACAUCAGAUUCUGAGGAAAAACCCUUUAACCAAGGCUUAGUUAGAAUUAUUAUUAAUUAAUCAUCAGGAUUUCUUAGCUUGACGUGAUCAGCAGUAGAUGAUAAGUAUUUUUGACAGAUGGUAUGCCUUACCCCAUAUAUAGAUACAAGCCGGUCUCAUCAAUCUGCGUACAAAUAACACGACUUUUAAACUUUAAAUUUACGUGCUUUGCAUAUGCAAAAGUCAAUUUUACAUAGAGCUGACACACCAGUAGUUUCCAUUAACUUCUGUGGAAAGCAGAUGUGCAACGUUCGCACAUGUACAGACCUUACGUUACAUUUGCAUGCAUGAAUGUUGACUCAUUAACUCAAUACGUAACAUUAGCCACCAAAAGUUCUUGGUUAAGUCUUGGAAAACAAACACGAGCCAGAUAACACCGGUUACCAGGAGCUGUUUGUUUGAGCCAUCCGCCACCCCGUCUUCCUGCUAAUCAGCCUUUCUGCGUUUUUAUACUGCAUGACCUUUAUUGCACCUUGGAUUGGCCACCUGCAUCACCUGCAUGUGAAAUUUGACUUUUGCAUAUGCACUGAACGUCAUUUCAACAUGUGAAAGACUAUUUGCUAUAUGUAUGCAGAUUGACUGACUGGGCUAAUUGAUAUAUCUGCUCCUGAUUUCCAUGCUGACAUAGCAACCAAUUAAGCACUUAUGGGAGUAAUCAGAACAAGUGUAAUGUGUCUUUGACUAAUUAUUUUGCAUAGAUUAAUCUAAUUCUUGCAUACAGUGAGGCAAGUUUAUAUUUCUUAUACAGCAGGAAUGACCUGUAGUAGGUUUUAACAUCUAAAUAUUAAAAUAUAUCACUGAAAAUGUCUUAGGCUGUUUCUCACAUUUCCUCUAAGAUGGGUAGGGAUCAGCCCAGUAACACCUUGACAAACUGAAUCAUGUCUGAAGUGCCAGUGUUGGCUUGUAACAGUUAAAGGUGCCGUUCAUUGUGUGUACAUUGUGUUUACAUUAAUGCUCCUGCCAUACACAAGCUGGCUUUUGAAUGUAGUUUUUCAUUAAUGCAAACUGAUUAUGAGUUGAUUUUGAGUUUAAGUGUCAUCCUACUAUGUGUUUACACUUCUUUAAGCCAAACUCUAACCAAAGUUCUGCACUCAAAUAAUUUGAAUGGCAAACACAGUGUGUCAGAGCAGAAGGCUUUUGUAUGUAUUGUCCCUAAUUGCUUUUCAAAUUUGUGUUGCAGCACAUUUAGCUCAAAAAAGAUUUGUAGAUUCUGCCAGGAAAGCCAUUAAUCAUCUAAAUGGUUCUCAGGAGUAGCUCGAGCUGAUAGGAGUUAUCUGAGCAACGGCAAACAGAACACUAUUACUGCUGGUCCAAUACCAUAAUGUGAGUGUUAUGAAUUGCUAUAAUUUCUCUUCCUUCUGCUGAGUAUUGUGAAUAUUGUAAAUGUCCCGAUGAAAAGAAGCCAUGUGAAUUUAUGAGCCUUAAGGUUCUUUCUCAAUGUUGCAUUGAAUUGUGAGUAAUCAUGUUUUUUCGGAGAAGUCAUGAAAUAUUCCACAAAAGAAAACCAUGUUUAAUUCAAAAAGCACAAAAAAAAAAAAAGCAAAAAAGCCAGUGGAACGAUGUGAAGAUCAUUCAUUCAUCCAUUCAUUU